AUGAGGAGCUCCCGCGUACGAGACUACGGUGUCGGUGUACAAGCUAUAAAGGAUGUGCCCCGUACGACGCGACGCGGCCCGACGGCGCAAGAAGGACGAGGGGAAUCGCGAGGACAACGGUCGCAGCGUACCAUCAAGGAUGACGUAUGGCCCAAUCCUCUUCCUCUUAACUUCUUCGCUUCCCUAUGCAAGAAAUUGACUGUUCUAAAUGUUCAAGAGGGUGAAUUAAAAAUACCUUUUAACAAGCCACCACCGAAUCAACCGUUGUUGACAAUGACGAACUUGUUGCCUGCUGAUGCUGAUGAGAAGAUACAGAAAGCUGAUACAUUCGUGAAACAGAAGAAUAUGAUCGGUAAAGGAAGAAGAUCAGAAUUGUUACGUCGUUCACCAGACGGUGGCGAAUUUCUUCUCUCUCAGCCUAUACCCGACAUACCGAAUAGACUAAGCACGAUCGAGUACUUACUAGAAGAACUUUUUCAUACGAAAGCUUAUUUGCCAUUCAUAGAAUCGCAAGAACGUGGCCACAUACCCAUGUUACACCCACCACGUGUGCACCUAGGUUCUAAUAUUUUCAACGAAUUCACCACGAGUUCAUCUACAUUCCGUUAUUUUUAA